AUGCCAGGUUCGCGACGAGGUUUAGUAGCACCACAAAAUACAUUUCUUGAAUCAAUUAUUCGAAAAUGCAGUGGAGCGCACAAUGCAUUCAUAUUAUCCAACGCGCAAAUUGUUGAUUAUCCUAUUGUUUAUUCCAAUGAUGGUUUUACAAAAUUGUCAGGAUAUUUACGAACCGACUUGAUGCAAAAAAGUUCAAAUUGUAGCUUUAUGUAUGGUGAACUAACUGGUUUAGAUAUGCAAGCAAAAAUACGAGAAGCACUGGAAGGGUGUCAUAUCGAGCAAAUAGAAGUACUUUUAUACAAGAAAAAUAAAUCUCCGAUAUGGGUUUUCAUGCAGAUAGCUCCAAUUAUAAAUGAACGAGAAGCAGUGUGUUUAUAUUUAUGCACCUUCACCGAUAUAACCGCCUUGAAACAACCAAUCGAAACCGAAGAUACAAAAGGUGGUCUAAGCAAAUUUGCAAGAAUUGCAAAAUCUGUAACACGAAAUCGAUCGAUAUUAAUGAACUUUGCUGCACCAAAUACAAAAUCUAUUCAUAUUGAUCCAUCUAAACCGUCAACACUACCAAAUCUAUUGAAUCUCGGUGCAGAAGUGUUACCUAAAUACCGACAAGAAGCACCAAACACACCUCCACAUAUCAUUCUUCAUUAUUGCACAUUUAAAACUGUCUGGGAUUGGAUUAUCCUCCUAUUAACGUUUUAUACAUCUGUACUGGUGCCAUAUCACGCUGCUUUCAAAAGCAAAUCUCUCGAUGAUGUACCACUAUUAGUUGUCGAUAGUAUUGUAGAUGUUAUUUUUUUUAUCGAUAUUAUAUUAAAUUUUCAUACAACAUAUGUACAUGCAAAUCCAAAACGUAUUCGGCGAACAUAUCUCAAAAGUUGGUUUGUUAUUGAUUUAUUAGCAUGCUUACCGUACGAUGUGUUUAAUGCAUUUCAAGAAGCUGAAGAAGUGCUACGAUUAUUACGUCUGGGACGUGUAUUUAGAAAAUUAGACAAUUAUCUUGAAUAUGGUGCGGCAGUGCUACUUCUUCUUAUUUGUGUUUUUGUUCUUGUUGCUCACUGGUUUGCGUGUGUUUGGUAUACAAUCGGAUUUCGCGAAGGUCGCGGUGGUCCAGGAAAAAGAAUGGAAUAUAGUUGGCUCGUCAAAAUGGAUAGAGAACUUCAAUAUCAUUGCAUUGAUCCACACGGAAAUUUAACAUCGUACGAAUCAAAUGGUACUUGUCGUAAAGCCGCCUAUGUAACAGCAUUAUACUACACAAUGAGUUCGUUGACAAGUAUUGGUUUCGGUAAUGUGGCAGCAAAUUCGGAUGCCGAAAAAAUAUUUACAUGCGUAAUGAUGUUGAUCGGUUCAUUACUAUAUGCAACAAUUUUUGGUAACGUUACAACCAUAUUUACACAAAUGUAUUCUGCAACAGCCAGAUACCACGAAAUGUUGAGUAGUAUUCGUGAAUUUAUGAGAUUGCAUGGCAUGCCAAAUCAACUGAAUGAACGUAUUAUGGAUUAUGUUGUUUCCACAUGGGCCAUGACAAAAGGCAUUGAUGCCACUAAAGUUUUGAAUUAUUGUCCAAAAGAUAUGCGUGCUGAUAUUUGCGUGCAUAUGAAUCGCAAUGUUUUUAACGAGCAUCCAGCAUUUCGUCUGGCUAGUGAUGGUUGCUUACGGGCAUUAGCUGUUCAUUUUCACAUUAAUCAUAGUGCUCCGGGUGACAUGUUGUAUCAUAGCGGUGAAAGCCUUGACAUGUUGGGUUUUAUUGUAUCCGGUUCAUUAGAAGUAAUACAAGAUGAUGAAGUUCUUGCAAUUUUAAGUACAGGAGAUGUAUUUGGGGAUGAUUUUUGGAGUAAAAAUCGUGAUAGUAUUGGACAAUCAGCAGCAAAUGUUCGCGCUCUCACUUAUUGUAAUUUACAUCAAAUAAAACGGGAACGUUUAUUAGAAGUAUUAGACUUUUAUCAUCCAUUUAGCAUCUCAUUUGCUCGAAAUAUGGUACUUACAUAUAAUUUACGUCAUAGAGUUGUAUUUCGUAAAAUUGCCGAUGUUAAACGCGAACGUGAAUUAGCUGAAACACGAAAAAACGAACCGUUCGAUCAAAUCGGUUCUGAUCAUCCUGUUCGAAAACUGAUAUCUAAAUUUCGAAAAAUUUCACAAGAAAAUCGUGUACCUAAUAUCACAACAACGAACGAUGUUGAAACAGGCAUGUUUCCACAUACAACAAAUAAUCAAAAAUCUUUGACUACUCCAUCUGACCAAACAGUGGCUGCGGGAUCAAAAGCAACAAAUAAAUUAGAAACGAUUUCGGAAAAAAUAGAGGCCCAAGAAGUACAAAAUUCGGUGGCUGCUGCUACAGGUGAACAAAAUUCUUCUUCUCUCCUACCACCGCCACCACAGCAAAAAACAAGCAAAUGGAAAUGGUUAAAGAACAGUGAAACAGAAAACGAGAAUCCAAGUGAUAGUACAAUAAUGAGAACUAAUGGUGCUAAUAAUAACAAUUUAAAUUUGACGUCAACAGACGGCAAUCAGAAAGCAACAGUCACUUUUACACAAAAAAUAAACUCAACAAAUCCAUUCGAUAAUAUUAGAGAGGAUGAAUUAUCGUCUAAAAGCGCUAAUAGACCGUCCAUUCCGUUAAGUUUGUUUAUACCACGAACGGCAAAAGAAAAACUAGAUUCAACAGAACCUGUAGCAACUGUUCAAAAUGACACAUCAUUGGAGACGCUUAAACCUGUAGUUGAUUCACAUGAUGAAACUCAUGUAGAGUAUCGUCAAUCUGUUGGUGGCUUAAUUGAUAAUCGAAUCUUGUCGUAUCUGUUCGAGAUUAAAAGUGAUUUAAAAACUGAAGUACAAACAUUAAGUAAACGUAUGAGUCAUAUCGACGAACAAAUAAAUCAAAUAUUCAAUUAUUUAAUGCCAACAAACAAUUUAAAUACGUCAACAGUACUGCAUUCAUCACCGGCAACAACCGUGAAGACUAACACAGUGUCUAUUUCACCAUUAUUCGAAUCGGCAUCAUCAUUUUAUUCCGAUAUAAAUGCGAAAGCUGUAUUGGAUACUUCUGUUAACAGUGAAACAGUCAGCGGUGGUGAUAGUGCUGAAAAAUCGAGAUUAUCGCCUCGUAAUAGUGAACAAAUGUCUUCAAUACCUAUACAUCAGCUAUCCAUUCAUGAUUUUACUGGAAUAAGUAUUCCGACGUAUAGUCGGGCGAGUUCCGGUGGUAGUUAUGCGUCUGUCCCAUCUCAAAGAAGUUCUAUAUCUAAUAAAAUAGCACCAGCCCCGUUCGACGUUAAAUCUUCCACAGAAAAACAACCAUUGAGUACAACAUUUCGACCAAUAGCCAAUGUUCGUAAUAAUCCUGGUCGUUCACCAAUCCCAAAAACACGAUCACAUCAUCAUUCAAAAACAAAAUCAAAACAACAAUCAUCUGCGAUAAUUAAUACAAUGGACAUGAAAAGUUCAACUAUUAUCGAUUUUGAAAAUCGAGAUGAACAAUCAAUAUUGACAUCUAGCUAUAAUUCAGAUGGUUUAACAAGUAAAACGACACCAUUGCUGACUACGCUUAAUACAUCACUAGGCGGACAAUAUAAUCGAAAAGAAAAACAAAACUUAUUUCGUCGUUUUAUUGAUCAGCGAACAGGGAAAAAUUAUCAAGAUGAUGAUAAUGAUGAUUUUCGACGAUCAGAUACAGAUGAUUCUAAACCGUUGACCAAAGAUCAAGAUAUUAAUGAUCUUACAAUUCUAUAG